UGCUGACUCUACAAGGUCCGUCCCAACACGGAAAUGUGGGAAAGUGCCGCUUUUAUGAAUGUAAAGUGACACUUUAAUUAUUGCCACCAGAUGUUGGACGAUCGCAUCGCGGCAGACGGAUAUUGGAAAUGAAUAUAGAGUUGGACCGCUGUCGCUAGUUCAGCAGCUUUAAUUGAGUCCUGUUGUUUGUUUGUAUCGGAUCCAUGAAGUCCAGAGUUUUGGGGGUAACGGGAGAUCUGGAGCUCAUUCUGCUGUCUUUUCUCCUGCUGUCCUGGGAAAACAAACUCCUUCAGGUUGGAGGAGUCAGAUCAGUCACACUCCCAGAGUCCCUUCUGUUUGUCUCCACUCUGGACGGCAGUCUGCAUGCUAUCUCCAAGCAGACAGGAGGCAUCAAGUGGACUUUAAGAGAAGAUCCUGUUAUUCAGGUGCCUAACUACCUUGAGGAGCCUGGUUUUCUCCCAGAUCCUAAUGAUGGCAGUUUGUAUGUCCUUGGUGGAAAACAUAAGGAGGGCUUGAUGAAAUUGCCUUUUACCAUCUCAGAGUUGGUUCACUCUGCCCCCUGCAGAAGCUCUGAUGGAAUUCUCUACACAGGGAAAAAACAUGAUGUGUGGUUCGUAGUGGAUCCGGAAACGGGGGAAAAGCAAACAAGUUUAACCACCUCCUCCUCCGAGUCCAUCUGUCCCAACACUCCUUUGCUCUACAUUGGGCGCACCGAGUAUAUGAUUACCAUGUUUGAUACCAAGAUACAAGAGCUUCGAUGGAACGCUACGUACAAUGAUUACUCUGCUCAUCCUUAUGAUGAGAAGCAAAACUACAAAAUGGCUCAUCUGGUGUCUAGCGGUGAUGGUCUGGUGGUGACUGUUGACCGGGAAUCAGGCGAUGUCCUGUGGACUCAAAAUUACGGUUCACCUGUUGUAGGGGUAUACCUCUACUAUGAAGAGUCACUGAGACACGCCCCUCACCUCUCGCUUGCCAUGGAGACGUUACGCUUUCUCACCUUGUCCUCUGCUAAAGACCAGGCAGAAGCUUACUCUACGUUGAAAUGGAACUACCAGUUUGUGACAGAGCAAGCUAGAGCACAAGCCCAACUAAUACCCACUCUCUAUGUUGGAAAACUUGACUCUCACCUUUAUGCUUCAGCUUCACUCGUCCAUCAUGGAGUGUCAUUAGUGCCCCGGGAACUGACGCUGGCUAGAAUCGAGGGUCCGAUGACAGAGGAGGUGACGGUCAGUCAGAGAGGGGAAUGUGAGAUCACUCCCUCCACUAAUGUCCAAUAUCCACCAGGGAGCACAAACAGCCAGAAGAACCACUGGCUGCUAAUAGGCCACCAUGAGGUCCCUCCAUUAGCCCACACCACCAUGCUGAGGGAUUUUCCUGCCAAUCUGCAGCAUUCUGGUGAGCCAGUUAUCCCACCUCGAACCGCUGCCUCUCCCUUCUCAGCUUCCUUCUACCACCAGCGCUAUUUUCAAGCUGUCUCUGGCAGCCACAGUGACCGUAUCACCAAGAAGGAAGGGGUCAGUGAGGAGACCCAGAGACCUGCCACGGUGUUGCCCAUCUUCCUGACCCAGGACCGUCUGACGCUGGCAGUUUUGACCAUUCUGGUUGGAGGAUGGCUCUCCUUUGUGAUCACUUUUCCUCUUCGUAAAGCCCAGCAGCUGAAAGCUCAAAGGCAGCUGGAGGAGGUCUUACAGUCUCGCCUUCAGCAAAUGCAGACCAGCAUGCAGACAAAUCUUCAACCAGUCUCUUUGGUUUCUGCAGACAGGAGUAUAUCCAUUGAGCCAACCAUCGCAAGUGAUUUUCCGACUGCAACAAAUGAUAAUUCAUCUAAUAUUCAACAUCACAACAGAAGAACAUCAGAGUCAGAUAAAAAUGACUCGGUUGAUCAAAAGCCUUCAACUGAAGAAAUUGAUAAUGAAGUACUGGUAGGAAAAAUCUCCUUUACACCAACUGAUGUACUUGGACAUGGAACAGCUGGGACCUUUGUCUUUAGGGGCAGGUUCGACGGACGGCACGUUGCUGUGAAGAGAAUCCUGCCUGAGUGUUUUGAGGUAGCUGAACGAGAAGUGCAGCUUCUCAGAGAAUCGGACACACACCCCAACGUCAUUCGAUACUUCUGCACAGAGAGAGACCGCCUAUUCACCUACAUUGCCAUCGAGCUAUGUGUUGUGACUCUGCAGCAGUAUGUGGAGGAUUCCUCUUGCUUUCCUGAGCUGGAUAAUAUAACUCUUCUGGAGCAAACCAUGUGUGGCCUUUCUCAUCUGCAUUCACUCAAUAUAGUCCAUCGUGACCUCAAACCCAGAAACAUUCUCCUCUCUGGGCCAAACACUCUGGGUCAAGUCCGAGCACUCAUCUCAGACUUUGGACUGUGUAAGAAGAUCCCAGAUGGGCGGAGCAGCUUUUCACUGCGCUCUGGAAUACCAGGAACUGAAGGCUGGAUAGCUCCGGAAGUGCUGCGAGAGACGCCUGGAAACAAGCCUACAUCAGCGGUGGAUGUGUUCUCAGCAGGCUGUGUGUUCUACUAUGUAGUCAGCAGAGGGCAGCAUCCUUUUGGCGAGGCUCUGAGACGACAGGUCAACAUCCUUUCAGGAGAGUACUCACUCUCACACUUCAUGGAUGACAUUCAUGAUGAUGUCAUAGCAAAGGAUCUGAUUGAGCAAAUGAUCAACGCUGACGCAGAGUCCCGGCCCUGCACCGCCUGUGUGCUCAAACAUCCUUUCUUCUGGAGCCCUGAGAAGCAGCUGCUCUUUUUCCAGGAUGUCAGCGACCGCAUAGAGAAGGAGCCGGCAGAGAGUCCGAUUGUGGUCAAACUGGAGACUGGAGGCAGAGCAGUGGUCCGAACCAACUGGAGGAUGCACAUCUCUGUCCCUCUGCAGACAGAUUUGAGACGGUUCAGGACGUACAAAGGAAACUCUGUGAGAGAUCUGCUCAGAGCCAUGAGGAACAAGAAGCAUCACUACCAUGAGCUGCCGCCAGAGGUCCAGGACACCCUUGGGGAACUUCCAGAAGGCUUUGUCAGCUACUUCACCUCCCGGUUUCCACGGUUACUGAUGCACACGCAUGCCGCCCUGCAAAUCUGCACCCAUGAGAGGCUCUUUCACCCUUACUAUUUGCCACCCAAAGCCAAAUAGCUUUCACAUGACUCAGCCCUCCAUAUUCUAUGCCUAGAAAGAAAAAGAGCCUUUUACAGUUCCCCAUUAUUGCUUUUGUAAAGCCUACACUGAUUCAGGGGGAGAUUACAAUGCUGUGAAGAAGUUUUUAUAUGCCUUUGGAAGUUUUAUGAAGUAUUCUUAAUGGGUUUUAUUAGAAAAUUUCUUCUGAGAACUAAAACACAAAACAAAAUAAAUAGGAAUAACAUUACUAUCAAGCCCUGGUAAAGGUGUAUAAAAAGCUCUGAAAGUCCACUGUUAUGCAAAAUUCAUCUUUUGCAUUCUUCUCUUCUAUGGGGGAUUUUUGUCUGUCUGUCUAUGUAAAUAGGUAGAUCCUCUACAUAUGUUAAUGUUAUUUAUUUGAAAUAAAGUUAAAAAAAGUUUGAUGUAUCUAAAACUCACUAAAUACUAAACAGUUUUUCAAGGCUUUUUUGCUGCAAAUCUUAUUCAAACAGCUUUCAUAGCUACAUUUUCAAGGACAUUUUUUAAAGUAUUUUUGAAUAUGAUUGAUACAUAGUUCAGCCUAUUUAAAUAUUCUUAUUGGGAUAAACAUAAUAGAUUCAGAAUAGAAUAUUUUGAUAUUGACGUAUGAUGAGCAUUUUACAUAGCACACAACCAGUCAAUAUUCGCCUUCAUUGUGGGGGCUGAACUUACAACAACACUAGAGAUAAUAGUAGCUGAUGGACAUAGAUACAGUAUAGUGAUAUUUUAUUCACAAGAUAUAAAUGGUAAUAUAGCCAUCUUACUUGUGAAACGUAAAUUGUUGCAUCACAAUUUCUUACUGAGCAACCAAAAGCCAAGUCUAGCACCCUCAUCUGGCAUCACAAAUGGAGCUCCCCCCACUUCAUUACAAGAUGUUACACACAUGCCGUCUGUAACAAGCAGUGCACUUACUGGGUAACGUGCGCUUCGGUUUGACCAAGUUACCCCUGCAGUAGCUACUGGAAAAAGAAAAUGUUUUGCUGUUGGCUGCAUACAAGAGCAUGUGUUCAUGUAUUUUUCCCAGUCACAUAGGACAGAGCUGCAUGGCUUCAUUUUAUUUUUGCUUGCAAUGUCCCUGUGAUGUUGUGAAAGACAACUGUAAUUUAUACAGAUCAAUUUAUUUAGGAAUCCUUUGAAAACUAUCAACAGAACAUGACAGAAUUUACCAAAGACUGGGAAUGAAGGAAGGUUCUUCUACUCUUAAACACAAAUCUGCAGAUGAUGAGGAUGUAAGUAUAUAAUGGUGUGUGUUUUGUAGUGUUGUUUGGUAUGAACAUCAUUUGUCAAUAAGUACAAUCCCAGUAAACUGGGAUUGUAAUGGAAAGUCUACAUUGAGAAGAUGCAGUAUUUGUGAAAACAUCUCAGACUCUUGGACAUUACUGACAUUGCCUGAAUCAUUUUUUACAUCUUGAAAGAAAUGCUUCUCCUCCAGCCACUGAAAAAUCUUCAGAGUUUGAAUUAAUCUCGAUGUAAAUGUGCAUCAGAUCCACCAUGUUUAAUCCUUCAGUGCUUGCUGGUUGUUCAGGAGGCUUAACUUCUGCUUCUGGGUCUGACUCAGAGUCAAACAUGUAUGGUUGUACCACUACGCCUCUGUCUGCAGCCAUUUUUGCAUGUCUGCUAAUGUAACAGUGAGUUGAGAGAACUUGGCCAUAAACAGGAUGUAACCUAAAACAAUGCAUUCCUAAAUGAGCUCAAAACAGGUGAACUGAUGGGGUGAAAUUUUAAUAUCUGAGAAUAAUUUUGCAUUUUAAAGAAAGUAAAUUUUUUUGUUUGUUUGACUACAGAUUGAAUCACAGUUAGUUUUUUCAAAUAUGCUCUUGUAGCUAUUUUCAAACUUGUCAAUAUUAGCAUACCUGCCUUACAUGAAUGUCUAGGUUCUAUGGUUUUGUCAUUUUGAAAGGUGGAUAAUAAAAACAGUCCUCUGUUCAGCAGGAAAAUGUAUUUAUUUAAAAGUUGUUGGGCACUCUGAUCAGUUAUCCAUCCAUUAUGUCCUUUUUAUUUCUGCGGUCCGGUCAAGACUUGGCAGUUUUGCUGUGGUCCGUGGGUAGGGGGCUGCGGCAUAUUGAAUAUGCAUAUUCAAUUUUAGGGACAUAAAAUUGUCCCUAAAAUUGGACAUAUUCAACAUUAUUUUGGCCCGAUUAUCUCAGCCUGUGGGGUUUUCCCUGACUGGGAGCGAGAACCUGUUGAAUGUCACAGGGAGCCAAUCAGAAAAUGCUGUGAAGUAAAAACGGAGGGGAAUCAAACAGUUGACAUGGCGCAACUGAGAGUCCGGUGGACAUCGGAGGUGAAAUGUGGAAAUGUUUUUUACUAAAUGUAAAAGACAUUUUUAUAUAUGUUUAUUAUAUGUGGUUAUGUUUAUUCAGUUAAAAAUGUUAACUAUGAAAAAACAUAGCUCACCUCCAAAUCAUAGUGCAGCAAACAAAGUGGCUGCUCCCUUUUGUCAAACGCCUUUUCUUUUUAUUUCGCCUUUUAUCGCUUAAAAUGAGUCCACAAGCUAUCACUACUGCUUCUUCGUCGUCAUCCAUGUUUGAUUAUUCUAAAUUCACUGAUGGUAUGUUUGGGGUUUUACUGGAUUUGCUUCUGGAAUCGGGAUGUUCGUGAGUGGAAUCGGUUGGUGUGUGGUGUGUUGCUCCUGCCGUCUGGCUGGACACACGAACCGAUCAAACCUGUUGGACUUUUAUGUCGUGUGAGGUCACAGAAGUUUGGAAAGCGACAAUCCUUAAAUCGUGCCGUGUGAACCAGACUUAAGAAUCACAAGCUGCACUCCUCUCAUCUCGGCCACUCGUAACGCUUUGGUAACAUUUACAUAUCCCUUCAAAAUAGGAUACAAAUCCGCCACAAAAUCGAACAUUUUACUUUAAUUCACGAUAACGACUAAUGGAGUCCUGAGCUCGUUUCUCUGCAAUGAGACGGUCCCAUCUGGGAGUGAUGAGAGAAAAUGACACCCGAAGUGUUGCUUAUGCACAGGGUGCUUGGUCUCUAUCUGGAGAAGCAGUUUGAAGCUUCAUUGCUUCAUUAACGAGCCGGCCACCAUAUCAUGCAGAGCGGCCUUGGAAUGUGGGAAUCACCUACCGGGAUAAAUCCUUCUCAUGUUUCUGACUCAUUUUGCUGCUUGUGGACUCAAUGUUGGCGCACAAGACGUAACCGAGAAAAUCCGGUUAAAGGGUUUUCUAAAUAAAAGAUCCUCUAGACUCAAAUAACCGGUACCGGUCUGUGGCCGGGGUUGGGGACCACUGGAUUAUUUCACAUUUGCACAUAAGGGUGUCACAAGGUAGCUGGUGCCAACCUCCAGCGGUCAGCCAGUCUGGUCUUCAGACAGGUCGCCAAUCCAUCACAGGGCAACACAGAGAGGACAAACAACCAUAUAGCUAAACAGAGAAUUUAAAGUCUAAUUACCCUCUAAAUUAUGAGUACCCAGAAAACCCACACAUACACAGGGAGAAUAUGCAAUUUCCAUACACAGGAGUUGAACCUAGGAUCUUCUUGCUACACCACCUCAAUCAUCUAAAUUCUAUUUAGAUGGCACCAAUUUACAACAAUUAUUGUCUUAAGUAAAUCCAUUCAUACAAACAAAUUCCAUAUUAAUUAAUGUGAAAAUUCUUAGAUAUGUUACUGCAAGCAGCAUAAAUUAUUUACUUAAUUUAUUUGUUUUUAUUUUCCAUUUGGUACUGUAAUAUUUACACUUCUAGCUGGUAAAUCAACUUUGUUCUAAAAAAGGACAAAUAAUUAAUAUUUAUUAGGGUUAGAGUCAGCAGGCAGAUCUGAUGGCUUUUUCUUUCGAGUUUUGAUGUGUUUUUUGUAAAGGAAAGUUCAAUGGGAUUUUUUAUUACUUUUUUUUUCAUCUAUUAAUUGGGAGAGUGGGUGGGGGCGGGAUCCUUGUCUUCUUUCAGAAAAUCAAAAUCAUGUUUAUUUUCUCUGAUCAACAUUAAUUAGAAUGUUGCUUGGGAAGACCUUAUUUCUAAAUGUAGACUUGUGGUUUUAUUUUCAAUCAUUUUACUUCUUUUUUUAUUAGGUAAUCUUUUUGUCCUUCUGAUUCUCAGCUACAUUUUUCAAUAGUUUUAAACAUUUUCUAAUGUGUGAUUACUGCAGUAAAAGAUGAUUUUAUUAUCAGGUUGUUGUCACAUCUUUACUAGGAGUGGGACUACAUGUGGAGGGUAGUAUGUCUUUGUAAAAAGGUGUUUUAUCAAAGAAAACAAAAAAAAACUUCCAGGCUAAAAUUGGAGACAUUUGACAGUACAAAUAGUUUUCUGUUUUUGUGCCUAAAACAUAUGUCAAAUUGCAAAAUAAUACUUUCACCAAUGAUUGCUAAUAAAAUUUCACUUUUGUAUUAAACUCAUUGUACGUCGCAAGAAAACCUGCUGAAGAUGUCCAAAAAUUAUUUUACAAGAAAUAUUUUUAGAGCCAGAAGAAGAUUUGAAUGAAAUUCAGAAACUGUCACUGUUUCUGAAUUUCAUUCUGGACACACUUGAAACUGGACACACCUAAUUUACUGAAAACAAUAUCAACAAGACAUUAUUGGCAUAUCAGAAAACAGAUACUUCAUUUGAGCAGAGAAACAUUGCAUUCUUGUUGCUGGUGAAUGACUCCACUGAUGGUUUUUUUAGUUUGUGUGCCUGACUGCACUUUUUGUUGAUGGUAGCUACACUGACUCCCUCCCUAAAGCAGAACUUGGAGCAUCACAGUUUCAGACUGCAUCACAGUUGUAAUUCAGGCGAGGAUGAGAAGCUCUGGUGAUUUAGCAUUUAAUGAAUGUAGAAACAUAAAGCUACACGCCUAGUGGAUGGUUUUGGAUCUGCUGUUGGAUGGAUCACCACUUCUCAGUAAACAUCUGCAGUUAAGCAUGCCAGAUAAAUGCUUUUUUGUUGUUUUGUUUUGUUACAAUUGCUGGAUGCAAGCUUGUCGUUUUUGUUUCUUUAACAGCACAAAUGAUGAAAAAUAAAACUUUUGUAUGUUUUUUUUCAUUGAGCAAAUUAAAGCAAUGCUUUGGGUGUGCCAAAGGAUAAAUGAACAUG